AUGAUUACUCGCGACUUUUUCGCUUGGAAUCCGAUUCACAAGGACCAUGCCACACUGGCAAGGUCCGUGAAGGUUUGUUUGCCUACCACUAACCCAAACAUCACAAAGGAAGAACCUGAUAAGGGUAGCUACAUGAAUUGUUCGGCACUCAUGAACUCGAUGGAAGUUAAAAUGGAUCAAAUUCAAGUGUGGUCUGGGUGCAGAUGGAACUCUCCUCGACGCCAGUCAAAUCUGAUGGCACGUCGCUCGACUCGUAUCCCACACCCUGCACCCAAGCUUGUUGACCCCAACAACGCUGUCUUGCGCAAACACAAGGCUAGCAGGUCAGUGGUCACGAGUGAGGGCUCUGAGGAGGAAAGUGACUGUGAAGGAGACCAGGAUAACGGGGUAACUACGGAUGCAGCUACUGACAUGGAUCAUGAGACAGAUAUCGACGGCAUCACCCCCUCCGAGUCUGCUUCACAGUAG